GAUUGGGGAUUAAUGUUCGUCCCUCGAACGCGUGGGGGCGCACCGACAAGAUGGCGGGUGGUGGGGCCCGAGCAAACCCUUCGGCGCGGUCAGUCGCUCUUCGGGCCCCGUUCGCGGCAGACGUGUUCUCAUUCAUUCAUCUUGUACCACGCCAACUUCUCUAACAAUUAUCUAAUUUUUCUUUUGUUCUUUUCAUUCGAGGACCACGGGACAACAUUUCGAGUACAUGAUGAAGCUUAACGAGAGAUAAACGUUCAAUAUCGGGAGGUGAAUUUUAUAUAAAAAAAAAAAAAAAAGAGGUGUGAAAUAUUCGGUGGGUGCACACAUCGGAACUAAAAGUAUAACCAAAAAAAAAUAUAUAUAAAUCUUCUUUUUCACGAACGAAAAGAAGAAAGAAGAGAAAAAGAGAGAAGCUGUUAUAUUCAUUCGUCCGACCAAGGAUAAAAUAAAAGAAGCAAAAUGGUGGUGUUCGGAUUGGUCUCGGCUGUAGCCGGGUUCUUGAAGAUGAGAUAUCUCAUCGACAAAGCUGUCAUCGAUAACAUAAUAUUCCGAAUUCAUUAUAGAAUCACUGCUGCAAUUUUAUUCGCUAGUUGCAUCAUUGUCACUGCCAAUAAUUUGAUAGGUGAUCCAAUAAAUUGUAUAUCGGAUAAUGCGGUACCAAAUCACGUGAUAAAUACAUAUUGCUGGAUAACAUACACAUUUACAUUGCCGACAAAUAACAUGAAACAAGUUGGCACUCAAGUAGCUCAUCCCGGACUCGGUGGAGAUUACAACGAAGAGAAAAUCUAUCAUUCGUAUUAUCAAUGGGUACCCUUCAUGUUAUUCUUCCAAGGUAUUCUCUUUUACGUGCCGCACUGGAUGUGGAAACAGUGGGAGGAAGGCAAGGUCAGAAUGAUAUCCGAUGGUAUGAGGGGUGCCAUAGUUGAAAGCAAGCAGGAACGUGAGAUCAGAGUAAACAAAUUGGUUGAAUAUAUCAUAGAUACUUUGCAUUUGCACAACAGUUAUGCUACCGGUUAUUUCUUCUGUGAAUUACUUAACUUCAUUAACGUGAUUGGCAACAUGUUCUUCAUCGAUACGUUCCUAGGUGGUGCAUUUUUAACAUACGGCACUGAAGUUAUAUCAUUCAGUAAUAUGAAUCAAGAACAUCGUUCCGAUCCUAUGGUCGAAAGAUUUCCAAGAGUAACCAAAUGUACAUUCCAUAAAUUUGGUGCUUCCGGAACUAUACAAAAGCUUGAUGCUUUAUGCGUGUUAGCCUUGAAUAUUCUCAAUGAAAAAAUCUACAUCUUCCUGUGGUUCUGGUUCAUUGUAGUUGCUGUAUUAUCAGGAUUAGCUGUUCUUUACAGUAUGGCGAUCGUUCUUUUACCUAGCACACGUGAAACCAUUUUAAGGAAACGAUUUAAAUUCGGUACUCCAUCGGACGUCAGUUUACUCGUCAGAAAAACUCAAGUCGGUGACUUCCUAUUGAUACAUCUGCUAGGUCAGAACAUAAACUCGAUGUUGUUUACCGACAUAUUGAAGGAACUCUGCCAUCGGUUGCACCUUGGUUCAGGAAGUAGCGCGUCACCAACGUCAGUUCCAUCAGCACCGAGCACGUUAGAGAUGUCACCGAUUUAUCCAGAAAUCGAAAAAUUCUCAAAGGAUACAGAGAUAUAAGAAAAAUUUGAUACUAACAACCCUUAUCAUCAUCCCCAAUCCCUCAGUUUGUAUUUCCUUCCUUCCACAAUCAUCCUCUUUAUACUAUUUCCUAUCCAACUUCUAUUUCUAAUUUUUAUUAUUGUGAUAAUUACCGUCGGUGCCUUCAACGAUUGUCUUUUUUCUGUUUUAUUUUUUUUUCUCUCUCGAUGCAUAGUUUUUUUCUUAUCAAUUUCUUUUUCCUUUUG